AUGACGAAGAUGACGAAGGCCACAGGCAAGCGCGUCCCAGGCGCGCACGCGCUGCUUGCUCUGGCCGCCGCGACCAACACUGAGACCAACUCCAACUCCCUGCGGUCUCUCAAGCGUGAGGCGGCGGAGAAGGCCCGCGCUGCUCGCGCCGCGCGUCGUCAGUGCACAAAGGCGGUGCGCACUGGAGCUGCCAAGCGCGCGAUGAAGAGAAUCGCAGCCUCGACCCCAGACAAGCCGGCCAGUGCCAAGGACGUCCUUGUCGCGGCAGCGCUGAUAGAGAAGCGGAGUCGGCUGGAGCUGGCGAAAGUUAGCGCUGCGGCGGCUCAGGGGCGGGUGGGCUCGGCGGCGGUGCUGCGUUCAUGA